AUGGGAGCCGGCGGGGUAGUCCUCCGGUUUUUCAACCUCGGACUGCGUGUUCUGCAAUUCCUUGAUGCUGCCGUCAUUCUCGGAAUUUUCUCGUACUUCCUGGCUAUCUUGUCCAGGAAUGACCAGCCCAUCGCGACGUGGAUCAAGGCCGUUGAAGGCUUAGCAGGCGCGGCAACCGCCUACAGUCUGCUCGGCAUCAUCUUCACCUGCUGUCUGGGCGGUGUGGCCUUCUUUGCAUUCCUGGGUGUUGCCCUGGACAUAUGUUUUGUGGGUGCGAUGAUCGCCAUCGCCAUCCUUACUCGGGAUGGUGUUGGCAAAUGUACCGGAACAGUGGACACACCAAUGGGCACGGGCAACGCCGACGAUGACACUGCUUCCAGGAGUCUGAAAUUCGGCAUGGCCUGCAAACUGGAAAAGGUCGUCUUCGCAGUAGCGGUGAUCGGAAUCUUCUUCUACCUGAUUUCCAUCCUCUUCCAAAUCCUUCUCGCCCGCCACCACAAGCGCGAGAAACGUUUCGGUCCCUCCCCUACCAACGGUUACACCCACGGCAGCCGCAAAGCCUUCUGGCGCCGCAAUAAAGACAUCCCCGAGGCUACCGGCGCCGCCGAUACUUUACCCGGCCAUCCAACCCCCUAUGACGUCGAGAUGGGCACUGAGCCCAAGACUGAGAAGGGCUGGUUUAGCUCUUGGGGCAAAAACAAAAAUGCAGCCAAUGCUCCGGCUGCUGCCCCGACUGCGGUUGGUUAUGGCUAUGGUAACUCGGCGUACACUGGUAACAUCUAG